CGGCUCGUGGACUCUCCAGUUUUACGCACGCCAGGAUGGAAACGCUCCUGUGCGCGCUGCUCCCCGCUGUUCCAGCUGCUCCCGUUGGUGCUCCUCUCCUCAGCGGCAGACCGCAGCUCCCCCGCUAGAGGCGGCUCCCCGGUUCUGGUUCUGGUUGUGGACUGGAAGGAUGCUGCGGCGGGACGCGGCUCCGCUCCCUGACAGGAACCAGCUGGAGGAGGGUUCGGGCUGAGUCCAGAGCCAGACGCAGAGCGGCUCCAGUUUCCGUCCGGCUCCGGAGGAUCGCGGAGGAUGUAACUGAAGCUGAGGACUCUUUCCGGUUCCACUCACUCACAAAAUGACGCGCUGUCUCCUCCGACUGGCUCUGCUCGCGGCGUGCGUCCUUCUCUCCGCCCGCGGAGCCACCGCGCCCGACGCCGAGGCGGCGGCUGGGGCCGGGGCGCACCCCGAGUCUUGUGCGUCCUGCGCCGCCUCCGCCCGGCUGGAGGAGCCGGAGCCCGGCCGCGUGGACGAGGACUUCCUGGAGGCGGUGAAGAGGCAUAUCCUGAGCCGGCUGCAGCUGCGGGAGCGGCCCAACAUCACGCACCCGGUGCCGCGCGCUGCCAUGGUGACGGCGCUGCGCAAACUGCACGCGGGCAAGCUGCGCGAGGACGGCCGGGUGGAGAUCCCGAGCCUGGACGGACACCCGAUGAGCAACGAGGUGCUUGAGGAGAGCUCCGAGAUCAUCAGCUUCGCCGAGAAAGACGACCUGGUCACCUCCAAGUCCAGCCUGUUCUUCCUCAUCUCCAACGAGGGGAACCAGAACCUCCAGGCGACCCAGGCCACCCUCUGGCUGUACUUCAAGCUGCUGCCGCCGGCCGCCGGCGCCGAGGUGCGCGGGAAGCGGAAGGUGACGGUGAAAGUGUACUACCAGGAGCCUGGCCUGGGCAGUCGGUGGGACCUGGUGGAGAAGCGGGUGGAGCUGAGGCGCAGCGGCUGGCACACCUUCUCGCUGACGGACGCCGUGCGGCUGGUGUUCGAGCGGAGCGGCGACCGGCGGCAGAACCUGGACGUCCGCUGCGAAGGCUGCGAGGCGGAGGGUGUGGCGCCGGUGCUGAUGAACCCGAAGGACGAAGCCCACCGGCCCUUCCUGGUGGUGCGGGCGCGGCAGGCCGACGGGAAGCACCGCAUCCGGAAGCGCGGCCUGGAGUGCGACGGCAGCAGCAGCCUGUGCUGCCGCCAGCAGUUCUACAUCGACUUCCGGCUCAUCGGCUGGAACGACUGGAUCAUCGCGCCCUCGGGKUACUUUGGGAACUACUGUGAGGGGAACUGCCCCGCCUACAUGGCGGGCGUCCCCGGCUCGGCCUCGUCCUUCCACACGGCCGUGGUGAACCAGUACCGCAUGAGGGGCAUGAGCCCCGGCUCCAUGAACUCCUGCUGCAUCCCCACCAAGCUCAGCACCAUGUCCAUGCUCUACUUCGACGACGAGUACAACAUCGUGAAGCGGGACGUUCCCAACAUGAUCGUGGACGAAUGUGGCUGCGCCUGACUCUACUUCCUGUUUAUUUAACGCCACAAUGCGGCAGACUAACGACUUUACCGCAAAAAUAAAUAUAAAACAGAAUAUUUAUGAACGUCCUCAUCCACACAAAUCCACAAACUCGCAUGUAUGCCUGCACAAAACCUUGUACAUAUAUUUAUGUCUGUUGCUAUGUAUUCUGUCCAAUCUUCCAAAUCUGAUCGACUCGGCAAACAAUCAGCUCCUCAGUAGAAAUCUCCAAGACUGUGAGGAUGCCCUGGUUUCUCUCUGACAGCAGUAUAAUCCAGUUAUUUGAGCCUUAUUCAAGUCAAAUGUUUGUUUUUACAUGAAAGCACUGAAGGUACGACUGCCAACCGACAGCACUUCUGGCCUUAAGUUAUUCAACUAGGAACUGGACGUCUGGGCACCGACCCACAGAAUCAUCCUCCAAAGACCAACAGGAGUCAGAGGGURCACCCAACCAAUGCUUCAACCAUUAACUGUUAAUAUUUGACAAUCCAGAGGCUUGUAAGCAGCUAAAAGUUGCCUGAAGCCUUCAAGUCCCAUCAACAUUGGUGUCAACCGACCUGUUGGUCUUGACAUGUGACUGAACAUCUAGAGUUCCUUGCUGCUGGCUUUGAGUCARGUGUACUUGGAGGAAACGACUCUGUGGAAGUUAAAGACACUCGGAACCUGUAAAAAUCAUAUUUUCUUUGCACUUAGCAACACAAACUAGACGGCUGAGGCCAAACUUUGCUGUUUCACGCUUCAUCUCCAGCACUUAGAGCCGAGGGAACUCUGAGCCUCGUUAGACGUUGCCAUAUUCAGUUCAAUGCAGCUCUGCAUGCCCCAACGCACACAUUUUAAAACUCCUGCAGAUUGAUUUGCCUUUAAUGAGCCCGGAGUGGCGCUUCAUCACCGGCCAGCCCUUUGAAAGUGCCGCAUUAGCUAUGCAAGAUGUAGAAGGUACCCAUAGCCCAACAGCUCCAAAYGUCCCACUGAUACAUGAAACGCAGGCGGUUCAGGCUGGAGGACAUCUGGUUGCUCACACACCGACAGCGGUGGCCACAUCCUGCUAACAGCGCAGCUAACUGGUAGCUUAGCACUUCUGCUAGCUUUGAAAACAUUAAGUGCUCUUAGCUUCCCCUAAAUUAUUUUUCUGGAUACAUUUUAAAGUGCUAAUUUAAUUGGUUGAUUUUAAAAUUUGUUUUUUGAUUAUUAAUAAGUAUUGAGACGCUUAUAUUUAUGCUCUAAUUUUAAAGUCUGUUUACCCAGAAAAAAACAUUUAAUCUUAAAUUUAAAUUAAAUUUAAUCUUAAAUUUCUUUUUUUUAACUUCCAAUAACUGAAUUCAAAACAAGAUGUAAACAUUGAUAUCUAAGGGCAGUAACUUAACAUGUUGAUUAAAAUUAAAUUGGUGCUUAAAGGUUGUAAUCUUUUAAAAGCAGAUAUAACUGAAGUUAGCACUUUAGCAUUGGCUUUAGGGAAAUACCAUGUUGGUGUAGUGCUUUAGCAUUAGCUUAAUUACUGUUUAUGGUUAAUGCAGCUAACUUUCUAUAGCUAGCAGUGCCAGAAACAAAUUUAAAUCGAACUUUAAACCAACAGAUUUGUUUAUUUAAAUCAUGAUACGAUGUACAAAUGACUUUUACUUUUAUACAGUUUCACCAGUUUAUUCAAACUCUGCUAAACUGGAAGCUAACCAGUUCAUAAAAAGAAUGACAUAAAACGUAAAAAAGUUAUUUUCUGACAUUAAACAUACCGAUUCAGUCGUAACAUAACAUUUUGCUGUCGUUGGGAUUUUUGCGCUAUAUUAGUAGAAAAAGAGCCUAUAUGAAGCAAAUCAAAAGGGGGGUUAAAUUCAGGCCCUGAGGAACUCCAAAGGGAUUCUCAGGGUUUAUUUUGGGGUGAAACCAGGUUGUCCUCCUGCCUGCCAGCUCGUGUUUCGGCUYUACUGGACGACCAUCACAGCAGCGACACAUGGAGGCGUUUCAAACACUGAMCCAGCUAUAAAUACAGUUCUACUGGCAACAUGGAGGCAGCAUCUGAAGAUGAAAACCUGGGGCUAACGUCGACCCAGAUGUGACGGAGUGGUUUUAAAGCUGCGUCCCUGCGGAGCGCCGCCGCAGCACACUAACACACUUUACGACACAGUUUGAGCGCCCUGUUACUUUCUCGCUCAGGAACACCUGAGCUCCACUUCCUGCUUAUCAUCCGUCCGGGCCGACGCCCGCCUCGCCUGCCACUUUAGUCGGCCUCUCCCUCAGAGCCACUUGUUGUUAGUAUUUGCACUGAGCAGACAGACGCUGCCGGGGUUCGAUGAAAAAGCUAUUUUUAUAGGAGCAAAGUGUUCAGAUGUAACUGUGGAACCAAAGAGGCUGUCAUGUUUUUGUUAAGAGGCCUAAACACUGUUCAGGGUUCAAUCAGUCCAUAGAUCAAACUCUUUUCUAUUUUUUACUUAGACAUUAAAUAUGUCCUAUUUUUUCAUCAGAGUACUUAAAUAUUCCUAGUUUGGUUUUUGUUAGCUUGAGUUGUUUAGCCUGAAGCACACGCCAUCGACUCCUGUACAGAUCAUGUAACAUAUCAGCAUCCAGACAUCUGGUUCUUUGUAAUUGUUGGAAAAUAAAUUUCUUAUUACUUGUAGCAAA